GAUGUACCGGUGGAUACAUCAACAUCGCUGGAGGCUGCUACAGAUUUCACCAGGAUUGGGAGACCUGGUGGCAUGCUAAGAAAGUCUGCAGCAGCGAAAAUGCGAAAUUAGUCUCCGUCCUCACCUACGCCCAGUACAACGGUCUCUUGGCUCACAUGAACGGCAACUAUCCUGGAACAUAUUGGACAUCAGGAGCAGUGAUUUCUGGCCACUGGACCUGGACAGGAACAGGAGGCUCAAUGAAUCCUAAUUGGUGGGGCUGGAAGAAUGGCAACUAUGCCGACCACUGCGCCUACUUCUGCUCAAUCACACUCAAAUACUGGAGCAAACCAUGUAGCACUAAACUGCGUUACAUCUGCGAGAAACACUGAUGUAUUGAGUCUCCGCCUGGCGUUAGUACCUCCAACUUCUGACAGUGUUUGAAGGAAGCCGAGACACCAAGACAAGGCUCUCCCAGGAGCCAAUCUUCAACCAGCCUCUAACUUAAUUAGGCUUUUAAAGUUAGCUCUUUAAUUUCGUUAUAGUUAUGUUCCUAAAGGUCCAUUGCAAUCAGAAUAUUGUUAAUCACUGUAUUUUUACCAUACCCAGUUAUGUUAUUUAUUCUUAUUUAGUGUUUCAGAAAAAAUAUCUUUUCACAUUGCUCAAAACUUAUUAGUAUUGAUUUUGGGCCGAAGAUAAAACUAAAUAUUCUCACCAUUAUCUCGUAAAUAUUGAAAAUUAUUAACGAUAAUGUGUUGAAUAUUAGAAAUUAACGAAGUUAAACUACAGUAGUUUUCUCUUACUAUUACUUAUUAACUUAAUCACUUUAGUUAUUAGUAUUAGUUAUUAUUAUUACCUAUAUUAUUUAUUAGCAUUACUUAAGUAAAAAUGUUAAAAUAUUGCAGUUUUUGCUUCAAUGAUAAGAAUUAAUAGGUAUAGAUUACCAACAUAUAAUUCCUUACAUGAUCAUGGCACAGAAAAUGUAUAAUUAUUUAACAACAACAUUGUUACUGCGACUUUUCGAACAGUAGUAAACGUUACUUAUCACUUUCAACCUAACUUGUAAUGUUAAUCGUAGUUUCAAAGUUGUGUGAUAUACCUGUAACUGCUUUCCAGAGUUUAGCUGCUUUACUAUUGAUUUCCUUAUCAGCCAGGCUGUUGCUGCUGGCAUCCAGUAACCCACACAGCUAUCGCAGACUUAGGUUCAGGUUUAAAAUAUCUAAUGUAUAUAUAAAAAUUAUGCUAUACGUCUUUCUGAACUUAAAAAUAAAAUCAAAAAUUUUUUUCACCCAGUAAAUUAUAGUUAACAUAUAUUGUCAUGAGUAUAAAACCUAUUCUUAUUUUUACUAAAACAUUUGUAUGAAAAAGCCGACAAUGUAGGCGAAAGAAUUCAAUAAUAAAAAAAACCUACUGUU